ACUUCACCAUCGUACCCAACAAAGUAGUUGUACUACACACACCAAUGGAUCAAAAAUUCAUAAACAAGCGAUAGAAAAAUCGCAAAAAAUUAGGGAAAAAAUAAUCAAUUUUCUUUCUUACCCGUCUUCGCAAGUCUUCUUCUCCAAACUCCAUCGUCCCCAAAAUCGAAGCGAAGAUGAUGCACAUGACCUUCUACUGGAGCAAGGACGUGACAAUCCUGAUCGACUCUUGGCGGACCACUUCAUGGACGAGUUACUCCCUCACGCUAAUCGCCUGCCUCAUCGUCUCGGCCUUCUACCAGUACCUCGAGGACCUCCGCGUGCGGCUCAAGACCGCGUCGUCGUCGGCCGCGAAAAUCUCUUCGCCGGCGCCGAUCCAAACUCCGCUGCUCGGCGCGAAGCUCGACGGCGCCGGAGGGAGGUUCUCGGCGGCUCGGCUUGGUGGAGCCGUGCUUUUCGGGGUGAACGCGGCGAUCGGGUACCUGCUGAUGCUGGCGGUCAUGUCGUUUAACGGAGGCGUGUUUGUGGCUAUCGUUGUGGGGCUCGCGAUUGGCUACUUGGCGUUUAGGAGCGGGGACGAUGACGUGGCGGCAACUGUGGUUGAUAAUCCCUGCGCUUGUGCUUAGAUUUAGAUUGUUUAUAUUUUAGAUACGAUCAAAAGCUUGCAAUUUGCUUCGCCGAUUUGCCGUUUUCUCUAUGAAUCUGUAAUGUAAUUUUCUUACUAUAUAAAAUCUGAAUGGUUGUGAUUUGUGCUUAAUUUCCAA